AUGGGCGAGAAGGAGGUCUCGAGACACCGACAAUCUUCAUCUGCAGACAGUCAGACAUCCAGGACACGCUCGCCACCCUCGAACCAGGCACAGUCAAGAGCCAAGAAGGCGCCACACGAGCUGUUGACAGAUGCAGAGAAAAAAGCGAACCAUAUUGCCUCUGAACAGAAGCGGCGCCAGAACAUCCGCAUUGGAUUCGACUCUUUGGUGGAGAUUGUUCCCACGUUGAGCGAAUGCCACCGCAGCGAAGCGCUCAUUUUGCAGAAAUCCGUUGACUACAUUCACCGACUAUUGAGUCAGAAGAACGAACUCAAAACUCGGGUGCGGGACCUGCAGGCCAACCUUGGAGAACCCAACGAGGACGAUGACUCUGUAAGUUAUCUUUUUUCUUGUCGUUCGCGAACAACAACAACAACAGAGUUCGUACUUUUUUUCCUUCGUUGCAUCUCGAGAUCUCUUGUCUUCCCUUCCUUGUCUCACCACGCGGCGCGCUCAUUCACAGCGCGACUAUUUUCUACUUUCCCUGUUUUCUGUUGUCUUUACUCUGGAAUGAUGGAUGUAUGUAUUCGACCUAUAGUACUGUCCCAAAAAUCUACAAUGACUGUCUAA